AUGCUUUUGUUUCAGUGGCUCGAAUGUGUCCCGGAGAUGAGAGGGCCGGGGGGUGUCAGCAGUGCCUUGCUGCUGCCCAUCGCUCUGCUCUCCUUACCGGCGCACGCGCACAACUUCACAGCUUACAGGGAGGAAUUGGAAUCAUCGCUACGCCUCGUACACGCGGUUGCUACGGGCGCUACGGGCGCCCUUUGCGUAACGCACCACUACGGGCGUCUACGAGCGCCGCUGCACGCAUCUCGCUGGGACGCUGCGCGCGCGCGGGCUGAUCUCGCGGCGAAUAUAUUGCACCAACUCGGAUUGGAUACCGCUAAUGUACUUACGGCGGUGUCACGGGCUCUGGUGAUCGGCGCAAGCGCAUCCGAGCGUGCGGUAGGAGGUCGGGCGAUCGCUUUACGCUCUGAUGGUGUUGUCAAUAAUUCGAUCGCGUGGGAGAGAUACGGGGCCGAGCCAGUAGCUGGUGUGACUCCACCCUUGGAGAAACCACCUGAUCCUGAAUUUCCGUGGUAUGUAUCUGCACAUGAGAGUGAAUCGCUCCGGUCGCCAAAAUUUAUGCCGUCCCCACCCGGAGCGACAAUGGAGGGAUGGUGGACGUACCCGUACUACAGUUGUUCAGCUAAGAGAUGGCUGCUGUCGUACACCGUCCCCGUGACCUCGAUACGAGGGCUUAAGGGCGUAGUUUCGCUCGAUAUAGAUAUAUCUGGCUUGGAAGUGAAUCAGUGUGAGAGCAACGUGGACGAGAACGACAACCAGAUAUAUUCAUUCCACGGGACCCACAAGUGCCCAAAUGAAACCACUUAUUGCGAAUACAAACCGAAUCGUGAAAUGAGCGCACGCCACUCGGGCUGGGCCCGAGGCUCCUAUAUCUGCAAAUGCAGGCCCGGAUAUUACUCGAUACACCAUCCAGAAGGUUUUAAUGGCUCUCUAGUUGAAGUCGCGUAUCAAGAAUAUGAAGACAACGGCGUGGAAAAUUGGAGCGAGCCCUACGAAUGCCUGAAAUGUCAACCCGGAUGCGAAACUUGUCGGGGACCCGAGCCCUGCCUCGCCACAUAUAACUGGCCUUUUCGGAUAUCUCUACUAGUGAUCUCAGUGAGUUGUGCUUUCAUGACGGUGCUGCUGACCAUCUAUACUCGCCAUCACCGUCGGGUCAAAGUGUUUCGUGUCGCCAGCCCAGUCUUCCUCUCUAUCACUCUUCUAGGAUGCGCCAUGAUGUAUAUGGAGAUGGCAGCCAUCUUCCCAGUCCUCGACCGAUAUUCCUGUAUCGCAACAAAAUGGACACGUCACAUGGGGUUUUGUAUAACUUACACUGCGCUUCUCAUGAAAACUUGGAGAGUAUCCCUGACAUACCGAGUGAAGUCAGCUCAUAAACUGAAGCUAACAGACAAACAACUUCUACAAUGGAUGGCGCCAAUUCUGCUCAUUAUGCUGGUAUAUCUUGGAACUUGGACGCUCUCUGCACCGCCAGACGCCGAAGUGAUCACCGACAACCGCGGUUUGAAAUUCAAACAAUGUACAUACAACUGGUGGGACCACAGCUUGGCUAUUGGUGAAAUUCUCUUCUUGCUCUGGGGCGUGAGAGUAUGCUACCGAGUACGCCACGCUGAAAGCCUGUACAACGAGGCACGACUGAUCUCAAUAGCCAUUUACAACAUUUUCACCGUUAAUUCUCUUAUGAUCGCAUUCCACUUGUUAAUCCUACCAAGAGCUGGGCCAGAUAUAAAGUACCUCCUCGGGUUUAUAAGAACACAACUGUCCACAUCAACAACCGUCCUCUUGGUGUUUUUACCGAAAGUGUUACGAGUAGUAAGAGGAACAGGUGACACCUGGGAUAGCCGGGCCAGAGCUAGAGGAGUACCCGCAUCUUCCUCUCUUAACGGAAUCGGUCUGGUACCUGAUGACCCGCCAGAUCUCUUCCAAGAGAAUGAACAAUUAAAGGAGGAAGUGCAGAAACUAGCCGCCCAAAUAGAAUUCAUGAAAAUAGUCCAGAUGGAGAUGCACAACCGCCAUCUGCGUCCAAAGCCAGGGGGUUACUUCAGCGCUAAUGCCACUACUAUGCCACAGAGCCCGAUGCACUCAAAGACUAUUAACAUUUCACAAGAGUCAGAGUGGUCAGGACCAGUGUGA